UUGCAAUUCGAUACGAUCGUUCGUUCGGUUGGGCUGUCGUCAAUCCCCCCCACUCGUCGUCGCUUGUUUCGGUGCUCCAGAAGGAUUUCUUGAUAGACUUGAGGAAAAAGCUAGCAGCGUGCGGGAUUCUUAGAUCGUUCUUGAGACUCGUCGCGAUCGGACGUGCGGAUUUUGGAACUCCAGAUCGGAAGUGCGGUGAAUGGUAGUGCAAAUAUUGAAAUAAGGACAGCUCUGUUUGAAAGUUGAACCGACGACGACUGCGCAGUUGGAGGUCGUCGGGUUUUACGAUUUUGGCACGUUCCUUGAGCUGUCUGGAGUGACACCUGAAGCACGAUGGCGGUCGAUCAUACGUUGGAGGAGCUGAUGGGAAUGUUGGGUGACUUCGGUCGUUACCAGGCAUUCCAGUUCGUGCUACAUCUGCUGGCCGCCGUGACGGCUGGCCUCCACAUGUUGUCCCUGGUCACGGUGGCCGCCGUUCCGGAGCACCGUUGCUUCAUCGAAGGGGUCGAUUCGUCGUCGUUCAACACUACCAGUUCGAUGCUGGACUUCAACACCCUUGGCCAGUACAUUCCUCUGAACAAGGAUGGUGAGCUGGAAUCAUGUUGGAUGAUGGAGGGAUUGAACAGAACCACCUGCACAUCCUACGUGUACAACAACACCUACUACAAAUCUUCAAGGGCGAUCGAAUGGGAUUUGGUUUGCGAUCGCGAGUGGAUGGGAGCGCUGGCUCAGACGGUCUAUAUGCUGGGUGUGUUCACUGGGGCCGUUUGGCUCGGUGGUCUAGCCGACAAGGUCGGCCGGAAGAAGGUCUUCUGCUGGUCGGGUCUGCUGCAGUUGAUUCUGGGUGUCGCGGUGGCGUUUACUCCGGAAUACUACUCGUUCUUGGUGAUCCGAUAUCUGUACGGAAUCUUCGGUAGCGCUGGUAGCUACAUCACUGGAUUCGUACUAACGAUGGAACUGGUUGGACCGAGUAAGCGAACACCUUGUGGAAUCUCAUUCCAGGCGGCCUUUGCCGGUGGUAUAAUCUUGGUAGCUGCAUGGGGUGCCGUCAUCCACGAUCGUAUGCUGCUGCAGGUGAUCUACGGCCUACAUGGCCUCUUACUCAUCGCUCACUGGUGGGUCAUGGAUGAAUCUCCUCGUUGGUUGUGGAUGCAAAAUCGUAAGCGUGAAGCGAUCGACAUCAUUGCCAAGGCUGUCCGCAUGAACGGGCGUGGUUUGACCGUUGACAAGGAGUACUACCUCUCCAAGGACAAAUCAAGCUACGCGGUGGAGUCCACCCCGAAAACCACCGCCGGUCUUACCGAUCUCUUCAAAACUCCCAAUCUUCGCAAGAUGACCCUGAACGUGUGCCUCUGCUGGUUCGCCAACUCCAUCACAUACUACGGUCUAUCGCUGAGCUCCGGCAAUCUGGGAGGGAACCCGUUCCUCAUCCUCUUCCUGAUGGCUUUGGUUGAAAUGCCAAGCUACAUCUCGAUCAGCUUCCUACUGGACAAGCUGGGCCGUCGCUCCAUCACCAGUUCGCUUAUGCUGGCCGGAGGCAUUUGCUGUAUUGUUGCAGCUUAUCUCACCAAGGGAAGCAUCGAAUCCACCACGAUCGUCAUGUUCGGAAAGCUAUUUAUCGCCGGCUCGUUCGCCGUAAUCUACAACUACUCAGCUGAACUGUUCCCAACCGUGGUGCGCAACUCUGCCAUGGGUCUCGGAUCGAUGUGUGCUCGUCUCGCUGGAGCUUCCACCCCGAUGAUCAUCCUGUUCCAGUCGUUCGAUGCAAGGAUCCCAGCCGUCAUUUUCGGUGUCAUUUCCUUGAUCUCCGGAGCGUGGGUGCUAUUCCUCCCGGAAACCAACGGAAAACCCAUGCCUCAGAGCCUGCAGGAUGGGGAGAACUUUGGUCGGGGUGAUACGGCUUUCUCCAGCUGCAUGGGACGAAACAAGACGCACAUGGAGGAUAUGCCUCCGGCGCAACAGAUGGUACAGCUGCAGACAAUUGAGCGGUAGAUUGCGGUUCCUAGGUUAAGACUAAGGUCUACUGAAGUCGAGUAAAAAGUGUUCACGAUAGGGCAGAGCUAUCGAGCUGUGGAUCGAGCAACAGUUUAACUAUGUUUUAAUAUUUGAAUUAUGUCUUCCAAAUGUCAUACGUGGAAUAGCCAAUCGAUGUACGAUGUACGUACUGACCGAGCGAGUGGGGAACUACGUAUUGUGGAUGCGUAAGUUAAGCUCAAAAUCUGAACUUUAGAUAGAUAUCUUGUUGAAAAGAUUAGUGGAAAUAUAUUU